AGGGGGAAAUCUCUCAAUUUAGACAUACACUUGUGUCGUUAGAAUAUACAACUUCGUGUUUUUGCCUUACAAUAUAAUAGUUUAUGAUUUUUGCAGAACGAAAACAUGGCGUUUUUUUCUGCGGAUAACUGUUUUCAAAUGUAUUUAAUCAGCAAACGUUAUUUUAUUGGACAAUUGGGAAAAAGAUGCUUCGAUUAUCCCAGAGUGUCGAUUCACGAUAAAAACGUUUGUCGUAUCCACGAUUCGGCUUGCAAACACUACGAAAAACGACUGCAGUAUCAUUGUUGGGAUGCAUUCAAUUGGUCUGAUGGAAACUUAUUCGACACAUGCGAUUUCCAAUCGUGUGAAGUAACUACCCUCUUCAAGUUGUUGACGUGUCCCGUCUAUCACAAACUGGAGGAAUUCGAUCUGUUGCUUGGUCUUCGGGUGUGGGUCGAUCGGAAAUUUACUGAAUUACGAAAAAUAAAUAACAACGUAUCAAGAAGAGACGUUAUAAGAUUUUUCAUCUCGUUGAUUAGAUUUCUAAUUAUAAAAUCACAGUUAAUAAAGAAGGCUUGUAACAAAUUUCAAAGUGUUUACCUUUCAACAAGAGAAAUUCAAUCCAUUAGAAAAUAUCGUACUCAGAAAAAUGUAGCAAUCCUUCGGGCAACGAUAUCUGAUAAUGUUAAACGGAGAAAUAUUGAGGAUUAUUCUUCGUUAAUUGCGUUAAAAAGGGUGAAACCUCGAAUGUCAAACAGUAAUAAGGUGAUGAAUGAAAACUUUCGGUUCACCGCUGACAUUUGGGUACCGGAAAACUGCGUUGUGAAGAAGAUUGAACUGCCAAUAACCCAUGUUAGUCCCGAAGGAAUAGAGGUUCUUGUCGGUGUGAAGUCGACAUAUAAUCAAGACUUUUUAUACGAAAGAAGCAUUUGCGAUGAAAAAGGAUACGUAUUUUUUAAAAAAUUGAAACUUUUGUCGAAGUGCAGCUUUCAUAUAUUUUCAGUUAAGAUUCCUAAAGAAGAAAUUGGGUCGUCCUUUAUCACAGUUAAUAAACGUACACGCGAAUACGUGCCGAUCUACGAUUUUUGCAGUGAAACUACAAGAUUCGAAGAGAAGACGAAAUUUUCUUGUAAAAUUUUCUUUAUUUACUGAAAUUUGUGGAAAUGUAUGUGAUUCGGAUAUUUUACGUAUGUUAUUUAACACGAGGAAUGUUUCCUUUGCUUUCCAGAAAGUUUGUAAAAUGACGUCGGUGUAUUUUUAAGAAUAACACAAAGGAUUUUAAUAAUUUGAUUUAAAACAUCGAUGAUUAAGCAGUUUUAAGUGAUGAAUUAAAUACAAUACUCUCUGUAAUCCGAUGUACCGGUACUGUACAUCUGACCGCUGCGUGU